AUGAUCUCCACAAACCAAGACCCUCUUCCCACCCACACCCAUUUCUCCAUCAUGCUCAAACUCCUCAACAAAAAUCUCCGUCGCUUCCUCUCCCAUCUCCGCUGUCCAAUUCACCCUCGCUCAAAGUCCAAAGUAACAAUCGUAAUCGACAAAUUAAGCAACCACGACCCGAAAUCUCAAAACGAAACAAGCACAAAUUUGUCAUCAUCAGUUCAUCCAAAAACCCAACCGGGUAUCCCAAAACCCGAGAAACGAAUCCGGGUCGCCACUUUCAACGCUGCACUUUUCUCAAUGGCACCAACUCUUCCCAAAACAACAACAUUCGAAGACGAAAACGACGUCGCUUUAAAAUACCUGAAUCCUCGAUCGAAAUCAACAAACGACAGACCAAAAAGCAUACUAAAACAAACUCAACCGCAAUUCGGAUCAUCACACUCUCAACAACAAAACAACAUAAAAUCGAAAACAAGAGUUUCAAUCAAUUUACCCGACAACGAGAUAUCGUUAUUGAGAAGUAGACAAUCGAGUUUCUCCGAACACGAAAGGGCGUCAACGAGUAGUAAUUGGGGAAGUGUUCGGAGUGGGAGGACGUUGGUGGAGGUGUUGAGAGAAGUGGAUGCAGAUGUAUUGGGAUUGCAAGAUGUGAAAGCGGAAGAAGAGAAUGGAAUGAAGCCAUUGUCGGAUUUAGCGGCGGCUUUGGGCAUGAAUUAUGUGUUUGCGGAAAGCUGGGCGCCGGAAUAUGGUAACGCGGUUUUGUCUAAAUGGCCUAUUAAGCGAUGGAAUGCUCACAAAAUCUUUGAUCAUACGGAUUUCAGGAAUGUUUUGAAGGCAACUAUAGAUGUACCUGAAGCAGGUGAACUAAACUUUUACUGCACUCACCUCGAUCAUCUCGACGAGAAUUGGCGGAUGAAGCAGAUAAACGCAAUAAUCCAAACAAAUGACGAGCCUCACAUCUUAGCUGGAGGACUUAAUUCACUCGACGAAUCCGAUUACUCGCAAGAAAGAUGGACAGAUAUUGUAAAGUACUAUGAAGAGAUGGGAAAGCCAACACCAAAGGUUGAAGUGAUGAAACAUCUCAAGAGUAAAGACUACACAGAUUCUAAAGAUUAUGCAGGGGAAUAUGAAUCAGUUGUAAUGAUUGCCAAAGGACAAAGUGUGCAAGGGACAUGCAAGUACGGAACUCGGGUAGAUUACAUAUUAUCAUCAUCGAAUUCGCCGUAUAAGUUUGUUCCUGGUUCCUAUUUAGUCCUUUCUUCCAAAGGGACAUCAGAUCAUCACAUAGUGAAAGUUGAUGUGAUGAUCAAGGUAAAUAACAAUUCUCAAGAAAACGUGACAAAGAAACCGCAACAACAUAGACAGAAAAUUGUAAGAAUAACACAUUCGACUCCGUCAAAAGGUAUUUGGAAAACACACGACGGAGAAGUAUACUGA